UAAACAGACGCCCAUUACAGAAAGUAGUUAUGUUUUUACUAAACAAAAAUCGAACAUAUUUACUUGUUCUUCAUAUUAUUUUCUUGAUCAUUUUGCUUACAUCGAAAGUCAAUGCAGAUGAAAAGAAUAUAAACAAACUAUUGAAUAACCAAGUCAUAGUCAGCCGCCAAAUAAUGUGUAUUCUUGAAAAGAGUCCAUGCGACCAAUUGGGACGUCAAUUAAAAGCUGCUUUACCCGAAGUCAUUACAAGGAAAUGCCGAAAUUGUUCGCCACAGCAAGCUCAAAAGGCUCAGAAACUAACAACAUUUUUGCAAACCCGAUACCCAGACGUUUGGGCCAUGCUAAUAAGAAAAUAUGAAAAUGCCUAAGAGCUAAUAAGUACUUAUAUUUGGAAUUACAUUAAAUGAAUAAAUUAAAUUAAUGAUUAAAGUCUUA